AUGAAGGUAAAAUUGAAUUAAAAUUUAAGUUAGUUUUAUUUGAGCCACUCCAAAAAAAUAAGUAAAAACAUUAAGGAAAGUAAAAAAAUAAAGGUAUCACAAAAAAGGAAAAGGAGAAUAAAUUAGCAGAAUUUGAAUAAAUAAUUGCAUUAUUAAAAUUUUUUAUAUGA